UAUCCAUGCCUCUGGUGUCUGAUAACAUAUGAGACGAUGCAACUCUCUUGCCAGGAUCCUCGUAGUGGGCACAUAGAAAAGAGAAAUGUUAAGAACAUUGAAGAAGACUAUAACAAGUUUGUUGCAGAUGGCUGUGUCACAAGUCGACAGAAGUUUUAUCACAAUGUGACCCAUGAGAAACUGCUGGACAUUGAACUGGAAAAAGUAAGUAUACUAUCAACAUAUGUUUUUGCUUAGGAAAAACAAAUACUAAUAUAACAGGGCAUUAACUAGGAAGCUUAACAAUCUGAUUCUUUCUUUAGGUUUGUGUUCCUGGACUUCACAUCAGCUUGGGUGUUUUCAAGAAACUAUUUGACGAACUUGAGAACCAGUGUGCUGAGCUGGACAAAAGAAUUCAAAUGGAGCUGGCGGCUGACAGUGACCGAAAUGAUGAAAGAAUCUUGGCACUCAGAGCUGCUCAUCAACACUAUUGUCAGGCACAACAGUUGCAUGAGAAAGCAAAUUCUUUACAGGAAUUAUUGAAUUUACAGAGUUUGCAUUCUGAUGUGACUAUUAUGCCUGCCUUCUUCACGUCAAUGCAAAAUGAAAUUGACAGACUCCUUAAAGGUGCAAAGGAAGAGGUAACAAAACAGUAUAUACUAUAAUAUCAAGAAUGUUCAUGUGACUAACUCCAUCAAACAGACCAAAAUCUAUAACCUUUUUAAAUUAUUGUUCUGAUGAAGCUGUUUUAGACCAUGAAGAUCCACAUUCUGAAUAAUGUAAUUAUGUUCUCUUUACAUUUAAUUACAGGAAAAACGUGCACACGAGCAGAUAGAAUUGGCAGGCUUUGAUCGAUCCGAUGGAGCACUAACAAGGCAUUUGAAUGUCGUCCUGAAGGAAAUGAAUGUUGAGCGACAGGCCUACCAUGGAAAAUCAUUCAUUGGUAACCACGUGCACACCUGCUGCAAGGUAACAAACAUUCAAACUUAAAUAAGAGAUGAAAACUACAAAAAGGCAAACACAUGAACUGCCAUUAAUAAUACAAUUUGUUGCUGUCUUUUUCUUUAGGCAAGCAAUAUCAAUAAAUUAUGCAGUGCUGUAGUGGCAAAAACAGAAGAGCUGUGUCCUUCCUUGCUUUCUAAGGCAAGAGAAAGUAGUGUCAAGUUUGAACAAGCCUUCAAAUUAUUUGCUGCUUGCCAUUUUGUCUAUGAUAGUGCAGAAUACCUUGAUGAUGAGAAGAUCGACCAGCUAUCGAAGAUCGACAGUCGCAUCUUAGAGUCAAUUUAUUUCAAAGGUAUCAUUCCAAGUAUUACAUAUUCAAUUGCAUUAUGGGGAUCUUCAAAAUCUCUUCAAACCCUGGAGGACAUUCACAUCGGAGCAGCGAGAUUUAUUUUUAACAUAAAGAAUUCUACUCUUAGCACUGAGGUCCUGGCAGCGACAAAAUGGAAGUCUUUAUCAUACAUGUACAAAAAGAGGAUUGCAACCAUAUCUUAUCAAGCAUUUUACAACAGGGCUCCGGCUGGUAUAAAUUCUCUAUUUAUUAAACAUUCUCUAUCAAAAAAUCUCAGGGACAGUCUGAAACUAUACGUGCGUUGCCCUAAAAGUGACUUCCUUCGAUCUUCCUUCUCUCCAUCGUGCGUCUAUUUUAUGGAAUAACUUACCCAUGUACUUAAAGAGCAAACCCAAUAUUGGUUCUUUUAAAUCUGCUCUUAAAGAAAAAUCUGACAUUUUAGAUAAAAUAACAUUUAAUGGGUUACAGGGAAUAAAUAAAGAUAUUGUAAAUUAUAUAUAUUAAGGCAACAGUCAAUUAACUGUUGUUUAUCUUGCUAGGUAUUUUUUUAUUUUUCUUUACUCAUUGUAAAUAAUUCAUUGGUUUGUUAAUAUUAUUAUUUACUUUUUUGUAGAUACUUUUUAGUUUGUAGGUCCACAUCAGCUCUUUAGGUGCCUUUUUUACUGACCUACAUGACAAAUAAAGUAUGUAUGUAUGUAUGUGAAAUAACAAACUGAGGUUUUUUGUAACAAAGACAAUAGAAAUGUACGUCACAUGCGUUGUUCUGUAUCUGCUCAGUAAGUUAAGUCUCAUUCACCUUUUCUAGAUGCACACAUCAAAAAGUUCCUGAAGUUUAUCAGAGAAAACCUCCCUGGCAUAGCAAUCACACCAAAGCUUCAUAUGCUAGAAGACCAUGUUUGUCCAUUUCUACGACAAUGGCACAUGGGCCUUGGAUUCUACGGUGAACAAGGGAUCGAAGGAAUCCAUUCCGAGUUCAACACACAGUCACAGCAUUUUGAUCACGUCAAGAAGCAGGAUGUGAGAUUGCGGCAGAUACUAGUUAAUCAUCAUAUUGCCACGAGCCCAUCACUCGCAGGAAAAGCUCCGAAGCCUAAAGAAAGGAAUUUAAAGCAAAAAGCAAACGAAUAA